AUGGAUUACCCCGAAAAGCCUAGGCGCGAGAAGUGGAUUAUGGACUGGUUCAGCUACUCCUGGGAGACACCAUAUGGCGAACUGGACAGCAACUUCCCUCACUGCAAGCGCGACCGGCCACAACGGGACAUCGAUGAAUCAAAGUAUAUGUACCUGAUCAACCAUGUCUGGAACAUAGCCAUGGGUGCGAGGUUUGAGGGAGAGACUGUCAAGAUUCCCACCAGACUCGCGGCAAAUAUUACCAACUCGAUGGACUCAAUCAGUCGACAAGUCAAGCUUUGCAAGGCGAAGUGGGGAAAGAUACCCAACGUCAUUCUGCUCGACUUCAUUGAUGAUGGGGACGCCAUCAAGGCGCAAGAUCAUUUCAACUCUUGA